AUGAGCGCCCAAUUACCACCAGAGGCGAAACCAAACGGUGUUGCCCCGCAAUCAGUGCAGCGGCAACCGGAGGCUCCAGAGCCAGCUGGUCGUGGAGUGCAGCAGGCUGAGGGAGCAGUUCAGAGUGAGUUACAGCAGCAUGCUCAGGGUGCUGGGCCGGGUUCGGCAGCACCUUUGGAGAUGCGGAGAGCGAUGGUCGAGGAGCCCCCUCGAGCUGCGGAGACCAUACCUGCACUGGCGCAGGCGAGGCACAGAACAGAAGCCUUGACGAUGCCAGAUGCAGAUGGGCGAUCUGAGCUUGAGAAUGUGAGCGCGACCAAUACUGCUGUGAACUUGCAGAGUGGGUUUUUUACACCAACGGCUGCAGCGACAGUUAGAGGCCCUGCAGCGAACCCCUCGUGGAGGGGAAAUAUGGAAGUUCCAAGGUGGAUGGUGAGGCUGUCCAACUUCUUGAACACCGGGGUGGGAACGCAGGCAGUGGAUAUUGCGCCAAGCCCUCUGCCAGGUGGAAGUCCUUUGUACUCCACACCACCAGGUGGUCAUCCGUUUCGACUUAGGUCACCAAGUCGUGCUCGGGCGAUUCCCCCAGUACCGACACCGCCGUCGAGUUCCAGUGUGCCAGCUGAGGCAAUACAAGCAGAAGUUCAACGACAGCUACGUGGAAUGACUGAGCAGCUUCGCCUGUAUGAGCGGAAGAACCAUCAGCUGCAGCAGGAGCUUGACGAAGUACGCGGGAGCCUGCAGAGCGAGCGAGAGCGAAGGCAGGUCUAUGUGGAUGUGUUACUGUACCUGAGAGUGUUAAUGUACCUCGAGGUGAGAGCGCUCUAUUUGGUCCCCCAGAACCAAGAGGUGGAAGUGAUGCUAGACGGCAGAGAGGUGAUGAUGCUCCGCUACCAGUACCUCCUACUGCCUCACGAGCAAGGAGUCCAGCAGCUUCAAGAACUUCAGGCCCAAGCAUUGUCAAAGGCAUCCACAACUGGACUUGCAGAGGUAGUGAAACCUGGCACGAUCGUGUUGACAAAGAUGCCUGAAGUUAAGGACGGUGCCGAUUCGGCUUUGACAUUUCAAGACUGGCUGGAAAUAUCAACUUCGGUGAUGUCAGAUAUAAGCGAGGGAAGUGGUGAAUGGUGGUCCGGCGUGAUGACUCAGGUGGAGGAAACGUAUGAGAGAUGGUUGACGGCCUCACCGCUGGAGCGACUGGCGGUGGAGCCAGCAGACACUGAUCUGUGGACGACUGGCAAGUGGAAUAGGGUAAACGCAAGAGGUGCGUCGAUGAUUCUGAGCGCAAUGACCGACUCCCUGAAGACUGAUGUGGUGGCUCGUAGAAAUACCCAGAACUGCGUGAAGAUGAUGUUCCGGGCGUACACGUACUACCAACCGGGAGGAGGUGCUGAACGUCAGGACAUGCUAAGGCGUUUGCAGAACCCUGUGGACUAUGUUGGUGGAGACACUGCAGAUCAAGUACUACAAGUGGUCAGGUCUUGGCCCCGGUGGAUGGAAAGAUGCAAUAAGGUUCGUAUGACCCCUCCAGAUGCCUCAGUACUAGCCCGUGGACUCACUGUGUUGACGGAGAAGUAUAUCAAUCUGUCGACUGAUGCCAGCUUCAGGACUUCGAUGUUGAGGGCGAGUCUUCGGCUAGAUGCACGGCCGACCGUGUUGCAGGUGCAGGCAUACCAGCGCCAUCUCCAAGCGGAGCUGGAGGCAUUGAUUGCUUCUGGAACUGGACAAGGAGCUCCGCUACCAAAGCUUAAAGCAGUAGACGCCCCACUACAACCCAAGGCUAGAGAUGCUGGAGGCAAGGGCGCGAGUGGGAGCGAAGUAUGCCGAUACUUCGCUAAGGCAUCAGGAUGCAAGCGAGGUGAGCGUUGCAGCUAUGCGCACACCAUGGCCGGCAUGGACAAGGAGGUCAGAGCAAAGAAGUGCCUAAAGUGCGGUGCUGAAAGCCACCGCGCCAAGGAUUGCCCAAUCGGGAAGGCGAUCCCAAAAACCACGGCUACAAGUACGGCAACACCUCAGCCUAAGGAUCAGAGCAUACGCAAACCUCAAGCGGCUCAGCAAGACUCUGCAUCCCUGAGUACUAUGGCUACAUCAGGAACUACAAGCACGGCUUCUACAAUGGGAGAUGUUAUUCAGGGAUCACCAUGGACACUCGAAGCUUUGUUUCAAGCCGCGCAGCAGGUGGUCCAGACACAGACGUCAGAGUCGGCAUCCGAUACGUCUCCUGAGAAGACCCGGCCCCAGAUGAAGGUCUUGCAUCUCAGGGACAUUCGCAUCUGCAGCACAAAGGCAACAGCUACAGCGCUGGUGGACUCAGGAGCCACUCACGGACUCCGAACAGCCACCUCGGCUGCUGAGUGGGAAGCUGCGGAGGAGAUUUCUGUUCAACUGGCUGGGCAUCAUCAGUUGGUUAUGAGGAUCACUCCUGGUGGAACGCUUUUGAUGCCUCCUCGCAAGGUUUGUGGACGAGAUCCUGCAGAGCCUGCCGGACAAACCAUAGUUCCUAUGGGGGAACUAAUCAGAACACUGGGAUAUUCCAUGUUCUGGAGCGCGGAGGAGUGCUACCUGGAAGAGCCCUCAGGUCGACGUAUCCCGUUACAAACAGAAGGGGGUUGUCCUCAGAUGUGCGAAAUGGAAGCCCUUGCUGUUAUUGCACGGCUGGAGGAUCGACGGUUGGAGGAGCUGAAGAACGCCACGCUGCUUACCAGAGAUCGAGUGGGUUUGGCGGCUGUGUCCAUGGAGAAAACUUGGGAUGCGUUUCUGCUGGAUUAUGUAGGGACAGGAUCGUUCGAAUCAGGUCUCCGUGCAGUACGUGAUGCGCCGUUUUUCAGAGACCUCCCAGGCGAAUGCCUGAGGUGGAUGAUUCCCACAGCUGGCCUAUGGUGUGGAUGGGAUAUCAUGAAAGAGAGUGGAUGUUUUACGAGAGCCCAGCGAAGAAGGAUCCUGACAUCCAAGCGGUGGGUAGUUCAUCUAUUUGCGGGGCGCGAAGGUCACUAUGAGGUGAUGAAGCUUGAUCAAGGGGACACCAUUGUGUUGGAGAUCGAUGUAGCCCGCUCGCAAGGCUUGGAUCUACUACGAUCUGAGGUGUGGAGGAUGCUCCUUUGGGGAGCCAAAGAAGGAAAAAUAGAUGCUGUGAUUGGAGGACCUCCUGGGAGAGCCCAGCAGCAUGCAAAUGGAGGUGAGCGUGAUGUGCGGUCGGUGUCACUGAUUGCUCGGAUGCUGUGGCUGCAUGCAAUGGCGCAGGUAGGACGAGAACUCAAUGGUGGUGCUUACAAUCACAAUCGCGAAGUGGCCUUCAUGCUUGAGUACCCAGAGGGCAUCACUCCUGAAACCCGAGCUUUGUUCGAGGAGGAGAUCCUCAGGGCAGAAGGAGCUAGUAGAGUUCCCAGAGGCAAGGCUGGACCAGCAACCUGGACAGAGACUCAGACGUACUGGGAAACCGUGCAAAGGCCUAGACUUGAAAGGCUAAAGGGAAGGCCCACCAUGGACGCAAGUGCCAGUUUUUGGGACACUCGAAUGUGGAAGCUCUACCAGCAGCGUGAGGGUUUAAGACUGGUGUCGUUUGAUCAAGGAGCUACAGGUGGAGGGUCGCGGAACAGAACUACACUGGGCACCAAUAUUGCUAGUCUACUGUCGUUAGAUGGUCUUCGUGUACCUGAAGAUGAUCCAAUGCCUGAGACCUCCAGCAGCGACUACAUAUGGUCUCAGGGAUUAGUGAACGCUGUGGUGGUUGCCUUAAGCUUCUGGGAUCGAGAUCCUCGUUGUGCCCCUCGGCUACCAAGGGUGCAGGCAAUGUCGGCGGCCCAAUGGAAGCGCCAUGUGGAAGGGAACCACGAAGUGUACAGAAAGGAUUGCGUGACGUGUGUGACAGCUCGUGGAAUAGGUCGGCAGCAUCGCAAAAUCCAUCAUCCUGAAGCUUAUGUGCUCACUGCAGAUGUAGCAGGACCAAUAGCUCCCGGGCUAGAUCCAACUUCGAAGGGAGCAACAGGAAAGAAUAUCAAGUACCUCCUGGUUGCAAAGUAUGUGGUUCCUAAGGCCUAUGUGGAGCAGCACUUUGGAAAGGCACCUCCUCCCGAUGAUGGCAUUCCAGUUGGCGAUGCACAAAAGGACAAGAAGGGUGAGGAGUUGUUCCCAGAGCUGUUUGGUGAUGAUGCAUUGGAAGUAGAUGACCCUGAAGCUUCUGCAGAAGUUGUUCAUGUUCCAGAAAAGGGAAGUCCAGACUUGCUUGACGACUUGGAAGAGUAUGAGCCUUCCCUCCCAGGUGACGGUGAUCCUGAAGGGGAAAUUGAGGAGGAGAAUCCUUCGAAGAACCUGGUGAUGCAGCAUGGUGACACAUCGCCUCCAGAGUUGACCUACCUCACGUUUGCCGUCGGCCUCACAAACAACCAAGCUGGGACAGUGAAGCGAGGGUUACAAGAUAUUGUUCUCUACUUACAGAUGCAUGGUUUUCCCGUGUACCGCUUCCAUUCCGACAAGGGUGAGUUCUACAAUCACCAGUUGAGGGCCUGGCUUCGUGAACAGGGAGUAUUUGGCACAUGGUCUGAGCCCGGAGUUCCACAGAGCAAUGGACGGGCUGAGGCAACAGUCCGGUGGGUGAAGGAUAGCAUCCGCACAUAUUUGGCGAGUGCGUCAUUGCCGGUGAGGUUGUGGCCCACAGCAGCGGAGGCAGUUACAGCAGCUCAGAGAGCAAAGGUCCUUGGGUGGAAAAGCCACUUAGCAGCCCCCUAUGGUGCAACAGUACACUUGCGGAAAAAGGCCUUCGACAAGUACGGUCCUUUGAAGCGAGAGAACACGUUGGAAUCGAAAUGGCACAAGGGUGUUUAUGUUGGUUUGAGCUCGAUUCUUCAUCAUGGACACCUGGUCUAUGUUCCCGGUGACGGAGUGGACAAGGAGAAGUUCUUUCAUACGUUGCAUGUGCGUCCAAACCUUGUAGACCCUGGACAACCAGAAGUAGAGUUGCGCGCAGAUGACAAGGUGAAACCAAGGAGACGUGUAACAGAGAAGACCAGCCCGGCAGGUGUUGAGAUGAAGAAGCUCAAGGCAGAGAACAAGGACCUAGGAUCACUGGCUACAAGUGAAGCUGCCAAGUUACUUCAGAGCUGGGAUGUGGAGGAGGCCAAGGAGUUAGUUGUCCAGCUUGCUCGUGAAGGAUUCUUUGAUGCUCAGAAGUUCGGUGUGUUUCGGCAUGGUGGUACAGUUGGAUGGAUGACUGGCUUGCUUGAGUACCCGGAAGUGUCAAAGAUGCUAGCGCGAGUGGUAAAGGAGAGCUGCCCGCUGGCAUCGUUCACGUCCAUACUGGUGUCAUGCAAUGUCUCCAAGGCUAUCCACAAGGACUUCAACAACGAUUACCAGACCAAGAACUAUGUGGUCCCAUUGACAGUGCCAGAGUCGGGAGGAGAGUUGUGGGUUGAGCUAAAGGAGGGAGAUGUUGUUCAAGGCCAUAUAGAACGACGUGAGUCUGGAGGGAAGCAAGUCUAUGGACAACUUCAUUCACUACGACCUGGUGAGGCCAUAGAGUUUAGUCCAGCGCGAUACCAUGAAGUGAUGGAUUGGACAGGCGAGCGGGUUGUUAUCAUUGCCUACACUCCGAACUGCCUAGGAAAGCUGUCGCAAGAAGAUCUACAGCAGCUCCACGAUCAUGAUUUUCCAGUUCCUUUGUCACAGCUACCUGAGUUCCAUGGAAGCAUGACCACAGAACCAUUGCCAGUUGGUGUACGACAAGUUCAGGUACCAUGGGAGAGUGAGCCUGAGUUUGAAGCACUGGAUGCAGGUGAUCAUGGGUGGUCAAUGUACUUGGACCUCGAGCCUGGGCUUGUGAAGAUUGCCGACUAUGACAAUAAAGGGAGCACUCCUAGGAUCAGCAAGGCCGAGGUUGGCUACACCCGGAACAUUGAGGAUGUGUUAAAGAAGCUGACGGCACCCCUUGAUGUAGUUCAUAAUGUCAGUCCCGAUGAGGUGAUGUCGAAUCUGGAAGAAUGGCGUGGAGCAAUCACCAAGGAAGUUCAGGGGGUGAGCGUUGCUAUUGAGCGCCUAUCCCCAGGCUCUCCAUCACGGAGGAGGUGGUUGAAUUUACCAAAGGCUCAGCGUCUUCCGAUGAAAUUCGUGUUUACGGUGAAGCCCAAUGAUGGAGCAAAGCUUGAUCAGCCAGAAACCUGGUUCAAACGCAAAGCUCGUCUUGUUAUCUGUGGAAACAUGGCAAAGUAUGAGGAGGCGUCCUUGUAUGCAGAAACGGCGCCAGCAGAGGCAGUAAGAAUGGCCUUGACAGUUGCUUCGAAAAACCAGUGGCUUAUUGCUAUACUGGACAUAGUAGCAGCCUUUCUCAAAACCCCGCUGGGGAGGCUGGAUACCGACCCGGUUGUAGUGGCACAACCACCCAGGUUGCUGGAAGCACUCGGGUUGAUAGAACCCAUGGAGCUUUGGGGCCUGAUCAGGGCCUUAUAUGGUUUGAGAGAAGCCCCAAUGCUGUGGACCAACUACAGAGACUCGACUAUGAAGAUGCUUCGUGCUCCAGCUGGUUUGUCCUGGUACCAAGGGAAGGCAAUUACAUCAUGGUGGACGUUGCGUGACAAAGAUGGACGAGUAUGCGGCAUAGUUGUGGUGUACGUGGAUGAUUACAUGGUGUGUGGCCCUCGUGACGUCGUGUGUGAAGUAUCAAAGAUUAUUCAAGAAGUGUGGGACACCUCAGAGUUGACAUUUCUUGGCCCGGGAAGCUCAGUGCGUUUUCUGGGUAUGGAGCUUCACAGGGAGACUGAAUCCAGUGAUGUGAUCACUGUGUUCCAAAAGGGUUACAUCCUGGAGCUUUUGAGGUCACACAGCAUUAAGCCCACGCAGCUGGACCGUAUACCCAUUACCAAGGAGUUGUCGCUUAUUCCCGAAGAGAUUGAGGAGGCGACCAAUGAUCAAGUACGACAAGCACAACAACUUACAGGAGAAGCUCUGUGGGUGUCGCAGCGCACGCGUCCGGACUUAUCCUACACGACGUCUAUGAUGGCAAGUUUGUGUACCAGAAGUCCUUCGCAAGUAGUGGCGAUUGGGAACAAAGUGCUGGGCUAUCUCCAAAGGACAAUGGGAUAUGGAUUGAAGAUCCAGUGGGAAGGCAAAGGGCUGGUGAUGUAUUGCGAUGCAGCCUAUGCUCCCCAAGGAGACCGCUCGCAUGGAGGAUGGGUGGUGACCUACGGGGGAAUUCCCAUUGUAUGGCGGAGUGGACGUCAGCAGAUGGUUACGUUAUCUACAGCUGAGUCAGAGUUGCUUUCGAUGAUUGACGGAGCGGUUGCAAUGAUGGGUGUUGAGUCACUGCUGGCUGACAUUGGAGAGCAAGUUACAGAGCGUGAGAUAGUGAAGUACAACCAGCAGAUCUACUUACCAAAGCCCUGA